AUGUCUGGCGGAGGCACAGACGGAUUCGAUUGGCUCCGGAGCUUUCUUCCAGCCGAUGGUCAACCCGACCACGACCCCAAUCCCAACAAUGAGGCUUAUCAAACACAUCCGGCAUUCCACGAUGCGGAGGAGGUAGCUAGAGCGGCCGUUAUGCACCAGCAGGCACGUAAUUCAUAUUCAUUUAUGAGGUCAACCAAUCCUGGGACGAAUCAUGCCUCAAGUCCCUCCCAGGUGUCCUUACAAGUCUCAGGUGUCUCGGGUGGACGAUAUGGAGGAAAUAAACACCAGCAAACCAACAAUACUCAAUUCAACAAUCCUCCUUCUGGCCACUCUGUAUACUCAGCAGAUCGCUCUCACAAUAUAAACCAACAGCCAAAUCCUCCCGUUCCGUCCCAACAGCACUUGGAUGCUCAGCCACCUGAGGGUAUGGACCCCGCUUCCUACCAAUGGAGAACUUCCAACCCCACACCAAACUACUCAGAUGCCUAUCAAAACACCCAGAGGGUUUAUGAAACUGCAAGGCCGACAGUCCCUGCACAUCGAACAAACCAACCCAUGGCACGGGCUGUGACCACAUCACAAAGCUCGUAUCAAGGCUACUCGGCAACCCCAAAUCAGAAUUCCCAUAUGUCAACGCAACCGUACGUGGAACAAGGGAUGACGACACAAGUUCAAAGAACACGCAUGCCGGCUGCAUCGCAAAGUAAUUCUUACAGCCACUCUACAAUUCCAUCACAUAAUGCCGAGCGACCCCCUCAUUCCACUACAGCGCAAGGAAUACAACCCACACCCCCAGUUGAGAGAACACAUACACCGAUAGCAAACCCUGAGACAUUGCAAAGCCCGUACCAAAGCCCGUACCAAAGCCAAUCUACGACCUCAGCGCAGAAUACCCAGCAACAAUCUCUUUCAGCUGCGGCGCAAAGACCUUGCCCGAGGCCGCCAGUUCAAGGGAAACAUACACCGCUGGCAAGGGCCCAAGCAUUGCAGAGCCCAUAUCAAAAUCAUUCCACGGUUCCAGCUCAGAAUGUCCAAAGAUCAUCUCACACCAAUGCACCGCCAAGAUCCCACUCCUUGAUAGACAGUGAGUCUUAUACGCCUUUGGUCUCGCCGAAGGGUUCCCAAACUUCCGCAGUACGCAACACACUUGAACCCCGCCAGUCAACCACACCAGCCAAAAUCACUCAAAAGGCCUCCAAUUCACAAGCACAGAAUCCGGGUACCAAUUCUACCACACCAAACCAAAUACCACCUGGACCUUCAUCUCACAAUCAAGAUCAUGUGCAGUCAACUGUGCCGACGGCGCCUCAUAGAGUCCACAGCCCUGCAACAUCACAGCCUGCAACAUCACAGCCUGUCUCAACCCGCAGUCCCUCUAUCUCUCUCGUCACUUCUGCUCCUACUUCUGCCUCUGACAAGGGCUGGACGCAGGAGAAAGAAGGGACUCUGGGUAGCGCAGCACCUACGUCAUCACACCAGUCACCGAAUCAGGCAAGCCAGCAGCCUCCGAUCUCCCGACCAAAUGAACAGAGCACACCGAUGGCUCCAUCCGCCCAUGCGUCACCUGCUCCCCCUGCAGCUUCUCACGUGGGGCCUUCUUAUAAGGCUUCGCAUACCUCAGGGCCUCAACGAGGUACCUUCUCUGGCUCGGCUGUGGCACAGCAGCCUGCUGCGGGCAAUAUGCAGACGCGAGUUUACCCACUGCCGGGACCAAAUCACCAUCAGAAGCGGUGGGUCCCAACCGAAGAGAAUUCGAUGCCACUUGCAAAGAUGCGGCGGUUGGACAAUGGUCAAAGUCAAACAGUGACCCUCAAAAACAACCAAUCAGCAAGUUCGGUUCCAGAGGCCCAAGUUUCUACGGAAUAUGCCCGGCCUCGAGGCUCUGGUAAAUUUCUUAAGAAUCGUGACGACUUGGUCCAGCCGAUAAGACGGAGCGAUGCACUGGCCAAGGUCUCUUAUGAUCCGGCCACGAUCGCGCGGGAUGUCCUGAUUGCUGCGGCAAAACAUCCGACUGAAAAGCAUCUAAAUCACCAUCUUGAACCACUACGUCGUAAUUUCACCAAAAUCGACUAUUUUGCAAACUUGGCAACGUUUCGUUGGGACCUGGUAGAUGUCAAGCAGCCUGAAACGCAGGUCGAUCGUGUUCCUCCGGUUCCUGCACCCCACAUGACACCUCUUCAACCACCUCAUUCUCAACCACCGCAGGUAGCUCGGCACCCGGUUGCACGUGACCCCGCUGUUAUACCAAAUAAUGUGAUCACACGUGAUCACACUUCGAUGCCGUCGCGUGACACACCGCCAAAUCGCCAAAUCGCAGUGCUGGAAAGGAUCGACGCGCGCGCCCCUCCUGGCGGUUUGAGCUCUUGGGGUACUUUACCUUUCAAACCCCCGACUUAUCAUUCUCCUCAACGCAUUUUCUCUUCAUCAAACUUGCCUUCUGGACUUCCUAGGAUUGACCCUGUUCCUGCUUCCCCGAAGUUUUCACCCCACCGAUCCGUCCCCCUCCCAACCCCCCCGCCGCAACAACAACCCCGACCCCAACAACGAUGCCCCUCGACCACCAACACCCCAGCUCCGCCUAAACCCCCGCCUGCCACUAAACAACCGACCCCUAAAUCUACCGCAAAGCCUAAACCUCAAAGUCAGACGGUCAAGAGCCAGUCAGACUCUGGUCGAGCCGUCAAAUCCCCAGAGGCGAGGCGUCUUCCCCAGCCACAGGUUGUUAUUCCAAUCUCACCCGACAAGAUGACCACGAAGAGAAGACCAGGGCGACCUUCCAAGAACGCAUCGAACAAUAUCGAAAUUGCUAUUCACCGUGAACAACCAGUGCAUUACCAAAUCUUCGCGUGCAAAUGGGAGGGGUGCGCAGCAGAACUGCACAAUAUUGAGUCGGUUCGAGCCCACCUUAUCAAAGUUCAUAUCCCACACUCUCUCGUCUGCAAAUGGCAAGACUGCGGCAAUAAGACGCCAAUGGCUGCGGCUGAUAUGUUUACGCAUCUGUCGAGCGAGCACGUCUCAAAAUUGGCUUGGGAGCUUGGGGAUGGACCAGCGGUGCCGGUAACUGCGGAAAAAAAAUCGAAUCACCCUUCCGUUGUGGGUAACCACAGUACCCGCAAAGGGACCAUGGUCUUGCCGGUGGAUGAGCACCAGGUUAAGGCCUUUAGCAAGGCCCAUGGAAAAUCGACGGAGAAGAACAAGGCACAAGCCCUGCUCGAAGCUGGCCAACAUUGGAAGCAGCAGAUCGGCCCUGAGAUGGAUUGGAGUGACCGUCGCCUGUCGACACCGGCUCGGCAGAGCAAGGUGCAUUGUGGCGAAAUGGCGUUCGUGGGGGAGCACUGA